UUCCACCAGCACUUCGCCAGUCAAAGACGGCGAGGGGAAGCAGAGAAGUGCAAGCUCCGGGUUCAUCUUCAUGAGAAAGUAGACGGGAGAGUGAGCCCCGGGUUUACCUAAAAGCGGCAUCGUUUUGUGUGUUCCGUGAUCGGGAGCCCGAGGAGUGGGCUGUAUCAGCGCUUGUAGGAUGUCCCGACAUGAAGGUGUCAGCUGUGACGCGUGUUUGAAAGGAAACUUCAGAGGGCGCCGAUACAAGUGUUUAAUCUGCUACGACUACGACCUGUGCGCUUCGUGCUACGAGAGCGGAGCCACCACCACCAGACACACGACAGAGCACCCCAUGCAGUGUAUAUUAACCAGGGUAGAUUUCGACCUGUACUACGGCGGCGAGGCAUUCUCAGUCGAGCAGCCGCAGUCCUUCACGUGUCCGUACUGCGGGAAGAUGGGCUACACGGAAACGUCUCUACAGGAACACGUCACCUCGGAGCACGCCGAGACCUCCACGGAGGUGAUCUGCCCUAUAUGCGCGGCGCUGCCCGGCGGCGACCCCAAUCACGUGACCGAUGACUUCGCAGCGCAUCUCACGCUCGAGCACCGAGCGCCUCGAGAUUUAGAUGAGUCGAGUGGUGUUCGGCACGUGCGCAGGAUGUUUCACCCCGGCCGCGGCCUGGGGGGCCCCCGCGCGCGCCGGUCCAACAUGCACUUUACUAGCAGCUCCACCGGGGGGCUCUCCUCCUCCCAGAGCUCCUCAUAUUCUCCAAGCAAUAGGGAAGCCAUGGAUCCCAUCGCAGAGCUGUUAUCGCAGCUGUCGGGCGUGCGGCGCUCUGCGCAGCUCAACUCCUCCGGGCCGUCUGCGUCGCAGCUGCAGCAGUUGCAGAUGCAGCUGCAGCUGGAGCGUCAGCAGGCGCAGGCGGCGCGGCAGCAGCUGGAGACGGCGCGCAACGCCACGCGCCGCAGUAACCCCGGCAACAUCAGCACCACCAUCACGCAGACCAGCAGCAACACAAACCCCGCCCCCUCUGACAGCAGCAACCCGCCCUCCUCUCACAACUCCCAGUUCCUCCUCACAAGGCUGAACGAGCCCAAGAUGUCGGAGGCGGAGCGGCAGGCGCUGGAGAGCGAGCGGGCCGACCGCAGCCUGUUCGUGCAGGAGCUGCUGCUGUCCACGCUCAUGCGCGAGGAGAGCUCCUCCUCCGACGAGGACGAGCGCCGGGACUUCGCCGACUUCGGGGCCAUGGGCUGCGUAGACAUCAUGCCCCUGGACGUGGCCCUAGAGAACCUGAACCUGAAAGAGAGCAAUCGAGGGCAGGGCCCGCCUUCCCCUCCCCUUUGAUGACAUCACACCUCGCAGACAAUGUCCUCUGUGCUGUAACUGCCAAUGAGAGUGGACAACAGUUAUGUUUGGGUUUGUUUCGUUUUUUUUUCUUUUUGUUUUUUUUUCGUUCCGUUUUUCUUUUGUUUUGUUUUUUUUCCCCCCAAAUUUCUUUUUUCUUUUCUUCGUUGGUGAUUGUAAUUUCAGGUCCGUCACCCUUAAAUACAUUGUGUACAUUCAUAAAAGAGCCAGAGUGAGAGAGAGAGAGUGCGUCAAAUAAAAUAUAUAUAUAUAUAUACAUAUAUAUAAAUAAAUAUAUAUAAAUUGAUAAUCAAUUCCACAUAAUUAAUUUCUACUUUAGCGGGUAAACUUAGGUAGCCGUGGCAGAUGCAGCUGCAGAUGUUGCUCCUGAUUUAAAAACUCCACGUUCAGAAGAGGAAACUCUCCGUCUCCAGUGAAGCUGCUGUCUGUAUUUAUCAAUAUUAACGAAUAAAAAGUGCUUGGAUGGUUUACCUUAACUACUGCAUGAGGUUUUUCCCCCAGUGUGCAUGAGUUUUAAUGACUCUGUCAUUAAAACGUAAAAAAAAAAAAUAAAGCUUUAACAAUU